UACUCCUAUAUGCGGAAAAUGAACGCUCAAACAAGACACAAUUUCCAUUGCUAAACCAAGAAGACACACUUAUACACCUCAACAACCAUUUUCUUUCUCUCUAAUCAAAUUCCAUUUCUCCACCUUUUAUUUCUAUCUCUAAAUACUAUUUUCUCCUUUUUUUUUUUUUAUCCCAAGUUAUUAGGGUUUCCUUUUUUCCGAAUUUCCAGUUUAUUUUGUUAAGAUGAAGUAAUUCAACUGCUUGAUUAUAAUUUAUUAAUUUUGGUUUCUUCAAUCUUCAAUGGCGGGUACUUUUGCUACAGUUUUGAUUUUAUUAUUGUAGUCAGUUAGUUUUAGUGUUUGUUGAAGAAAAGUCUUAAACAAAGAUUCGUGAUUUUUAGCCGAAGAUUUGGUGUUGAUAAUUUUAGGUGUACGUGCUUUGCUUGCUCUUGAAUUUUCUGGCCUAAAUUUAAUGCAUGGUCCAUGGUUAUUGUAGAAUGUGUAUCAUUCCUCAGUUUCGAAGAAACUCUUUAAUAUUUGUACGAUUGAUGCCGAUGCACUUUGGUGGAGUGUUUAUGGAGUUUUAGGCUGCUGCUCGGUUUGAUAGCUGUUGUCAUACUAUGGUAACAUAUGUAAAACCUAUAUGUAUCUGCCUUUGACUUGGUCUAGUGAAGUAAUUGAAACAAGACUAUGCGUUCAUGGUGGAGGAAGUCAUCAUCUAAAGAAGCAAAGAAAAAAACAAGUGAUGAGACCAUCCUUGAUACAUUGCGAAAAAAAUUCAGAAGCCCAUCUAAUGUAAAGUUAAAUAGUAGCGGAGGAGCAUCUCGAAGGCAUUGCAUUGACUCUAUUUCGGAGAGGGGUGUUCAGUCUAGGGCAGAAUCUAGAUCUCCUUCUCCCUCCAAGAAAUCUAAGCUUGUCGGGAGGUGUCAAAGUUUCUCUGAAAGGCCUCAUGCCCAGCCACUUCCACUUCCUGGCUUGCAUCCUGCCAAUGUAAGUCGUACUGAUUCUGGAAUCAGUUUGCCGUUAAAGCCGAGAAUAGAAAAGAGAUCCAAGUCAUCCAUAUUCCGUCCCCUUCCUAGACCUUCUUGUAUCAGGAGCAGGGCAGAACCUCAAGAGUUGGAUAUUGAUUUGGUCAUCGCUUCUGUUUCUAGCGACAUCUCUGUAGAAAGUGAUGAUCUUACUGAGUCCCGGCUGCGCAGUCCUCAAGCAUUUGAUCUUGAUAUUGGGACAAGAACUGCUGUUGGAAGUCCUAGUUCCUGUUUGAAGAACCGGGAGCAUGCAAGUUGCAACUUUAAAUUGAUCAGUAACUUCAAAUUUCUUUUUGCAAGUGUCACGCUGAAGGAUUAUUCAUCAAAAGCUGCCCAAAAUGAAUCUAUAGAAGCUCCAAGACCUGGGACUAUUCUGUUGAGUAAUCAAAAUAUUAAUGGUUCUACAAGAAGAAGACCUUUGGGGAAUCAUGUGCCAAAUUUACAGGUUCCUGCAUACGGUGCUUAUUACAGUGCUCCUGACAGCUCGAUGUCCAGUCCCUCAAAAAGCCCUUUAAGAACACCUAACAAUGAGCAGGUUCUGAAUGUUGCUUUCUGGGCUAGUAAACCUUAUCCUGAUCUGACUUUACUUGGAUCUGGUCACGGCUCUAGUCCAGGCUCUGGCCACAACUCUGGUCACAAUUCUAUGGGAGGGGAUAUAACAGGACAACUAUUUUGGCAACAACCAAGCAGAGGUAGCCCAGAGUAUUCUCCAAUACCUAGUCCAAGAAUGACGAGUCCUGGGCCAAGCUCUAGAGUUCAAAGUGGUGCUGUUACUCCUAUUCACCCUAGAGCUGCAGGCUCAGGUUUUGAGACGCAUACAAGCUGGGGUGAUGACGGAAAACAACAGAGUCAUCGUUUGCCUCUUCCUCCUGUAGUCAUUCCCACUCCUCCUCCGCUCUCUCAUGGAAAUUCAGCAGCCACAUCUCCCUCUGUUCCGAGAAGCCCAGCGAGAGGGGACAAUCUUCCAAGCCCCACCCCCAGGUGGAAAAAGGGAAAAUUGCUUGGUAGUGGAACUUUUGGACAUGUUUAUCUUGGGUUUAAUAGUGAAACGGGUGAAAUGUGUGCGAUGAAGGAGGUUACAUUGUUUUCUGAUGAUUCAAAGUCCAAGGAAAGCGCUAAGCAGCUUCAAACGGAAAUUUCUUUGUUGAGCCGCCUACGACAUCCAAACAUUGUACAGUAUUAUGGUUCAGAAACUGUUGGUGAUAGACUUUAUAUAUACUUGGAAUAUGUGUCUGGUGGGUCUAUCUAUAAGCUUCUUCAAGAGUAUGGACAGCUUGGUGAACUUGCUAUACGUAUCUAUACCCAACAAAUACUUUCUGGGCUUGCAUUCCUCCAUGGGAAAAACACUAUUCAUAGGGAUAUAAAAGGCGCUAAUCUACUUGUUGAUCCUAACGGACGUGUUAAGCUGGCAGAUUUUGGGAUGGCAAAGCAUGUUACAGGACAUUCGUGUCCAUUGUCAUUGAAGGGAAGCCCUUAUUGGAUGGCACCGGAGGUUAUAAAAAGUUCACAUGGUUCCAACCCUGCUGUUGAUAUAUGGAGCCUUGGUUGUACUGUUUUAGAAAUGGCCACAACCAAACCACCAUGGAGCCAAUAUGAAGGGGUUGCCGCUAUGUUCAAGAUAGGUAAUGGAAAAGAAUUACCUGCUAUUCCUGAUCAUCUUUCUGAGGAAGGAAAAGAUUUUGUGAGGUUAUGUUUGCAACGAAAUCCACAUCAUCGUCGCACGGCAGCUGAAUUACUUGAGCACCCAUUUGUUAAAAAUGCUGCUCCUUUGGAGAGGCCUCUGCCAAGCCCUGAACCUGCUGAUACCACUGGUGUUACGGAUGGGAUGAGGACUUCGGGGACUCCAGUCGAGAGGAAUCUUUCUGGUUUGAACUUUGAAAGACUUGCUGUUCAUUCAUCUAGAGUUUCACCAGCUCGGCCUCACUCCAGUGAUUAUCACAUCCCACAGAACAUAUCUUGUCCUGUUUCUCCAGUCGGUAGUCCAAUUUUACAUCAAAGGUCACCCCAGCAUCUGAAUGGUAUGAUGUCUCGUUCUCCUAUAUCUAGCCCUCGAACCACAUCUGGCUCGUCUACACCCCUCACUGGUGGUAUGGGUGCAAUUCCAUUUUAUCUCUCACAACAGUCAAUUUAUACGCAAGAUGGUUUUGGAGCCUUGCCAACAUCCCCUAACAACGUUUUUCUCAACGGGUCAUCUUACCAUGAUCAUAAUGCGAAAAUUAAGGUGCAUUCUGGACCCCGUGCUUUAAUGACGUUAGUGAGUUCUGAAAGCGAAAUUCGUAUAAAGCAGGUUGAAAGAGAAAGACCAUGUAAUGGACGAACAAUAUUGGCUGAUCGUGUAUCCCAGCAGCUCCUGCGGGACCAUGUUAAGCUGAAUCCUUCCGUGGAACUCAGUCCCCGCUCAACGUUGCCUAGUCAAACCCAUGGUCUUUAGCCGCCUUCAUUGACUAGAUAAUCAUACUGCAUUGGUUGUUGGACAUUAAAGGAAAAAUGACGUGUCAUGAGACAGUGAAAUUUACAGUGCCUCAAGUUAUGGCACUUGAUCUACAGCCGCAUUGUAAAUGCUGGAAAGUGUUGUGUUUGUGGCACCAUCAUAGCUUGGGGUCUCAACAGCUCAAAUAGGACAUGGAGAAGUGGUUUUGAUGCACAACACAGUUAGCUGCCAUGUCUUUUACAAACUCCGAACUAUUCUAUCUGACGUAACAUAAUUCAACCGAUAUCUGAAAAUCAGCUGUACAAACGGUAUGCACUGCAGUUGUGGAGAGAAGUUUGACGUUUUGGAUGGACCUGCAUUUUUCUAGGUCAUUUCAGACGAGUUAUAUCAAAGCUGAGAUCUUUUUAAGUGGUGUAGUUCAUGUUGUACAGGAACCUAAUCUGGAUAUACAACCAUGCUAUCACACAUUUUAGAAACUUACCCAAGAGAUUUUAGUCUCUUUGGAAUGUUUUAUACCUAAUCCAAUGCAACUGUCUAUAAUAUUAAGAUAAUGUAGUAAUAUUGUUACCCUGUUCCUGUAUAUUCACUAUUUAAGUACAGAAAUGUACUCAUUUAGAUUGUAAUUUACCUUUGACAUCAGUGAUAAUGUGAUAUAUGAUGAAACGAACACUUUUCGGAGCC